AUGGCACAGGCUAUGCGGCAGUCUUCUCUACAAGGAGAGCUUGAGAUAGAAGUUGAGAUCAGAGCUUCGGCCAAGCAGUACCACAACUUGCUAGUUGGAAGCCCACAAGAUGUUCCGAGAGCCACUCCUAACAACAUCCAGGGAUGUAAACAGCUCGAGGGAGAGUGUGGCAAAGUUGGCAAUGUCAUCUUCUGGAACUAUGUCAUUGAUGGACAGCCAAAGGUGAUGAAGGAGAGGAUCGAAGCACUGGACUCGGAGAAGAAUCUGAUGGUGGCUAGGGUAAUUGAGGGAGAUUUGAUGAAAGAGUUCAAGAGCUUCUUGAUCACUAUCCAGGCGACCCCGAAGCAAAGAGGACCUGGGAGUGUGGUUAAGUGUCACAUAAAGUAUGAGAAGAUUGAUGAGAAGGUGGCUCACCCGGAGACUAUUCUCGAGCUGUUUGUCAAAGGAUCCAAAGACAUGGACGAAAUGCUUUGCUCCAAAGUCUAG